AAUAGUAGUCUGAACGUUUACGGGUAUAUAUACCGCCAUCCGACGUCUAAUCGAUUUAAAUUGUCUUUAUUUCAUCCUAAAAACACCUAGCUAAUAUGUCUUAUAAAGGUGGAGGCAAAGUCCAGAAGAUGAUGGUUCAGCCCAUCGUAAGCUAUGAUUAAAAUAAAUAACAAAAAUCAACUUUGCAUUAAUUUUCUUAUUAUCGUCCUUACAGAAUCUUAUUUUUCGAUAUCUGCAAAGUGUAAGUUUAAUAGAAUUUUCCUUUAAAUAUUCUUAAUAUUAAUAUUUUGUGAAAACUUUUUACAGAGAGCUAGAGUAUCGGUUUGGCUGUAUGAACAAGCUAAUACUAAACUUGAAGGUUGUAUCAUAGGAUUCGACGAAUACAUGAAUUUGGUAUUGGAUAGUGCAGAAGAAAUUCAUCUAAAAACAAAGACACGAAAAGCAUUAGGUAUAAUAUAUUUCAAAACUACUUUUUUCUCAUUUUUGCAUCUAUAGGGAGAAUACUUCUGAAAGGUGACAACAUUUCCCUAAUUCACCAACUGGUCGACCAAUAACUUUGUAGAAAAUGUAAAAGAAAAGUUGUUACGUUUUCAAUAUAAUUUUUGUACAUGUCAAGUAAAAGAGAAAAAUAUUUAGAUAACUCUUGCUCUGCCUAUUUAACAUAAUUUUUAAGCAAGUAGUAAGAUAUUAAGUUUGUUCUCUGAUCUAUUUAUUUAUAUAUAAAUAUACAUCAAAAAAUAUGAAUAAACAUUUGGGAAAAAGAAAUUGUCAAUUUUCAUCACGUGAUCAAUCUCUUCAGUGAAUUGUCGAAGAUGUCAACCGAUAAGAAGUUUAACUUUAAAUAUUCGGGGAGAAUUUCUUUUUUGUUAAUUUCAAAAAAUGAGCGGUUUUUUUACUUGUUUUGGCGGUAAAAAUUAAACUGGUUCACUAUUAUAUUUUAUUAGUCAUCGACACCCUCGUCAUUGCUCAUAUUUAUUAGUAGGUAAACCUGUGCGAUCAACGGGAUCACACGAAAUUUAUUUGUACAAAAGGAAGUUUCUUAAAAACUAGCACGAUGGCGCCGGUGGAUUUGAGAACCAACAAAAAUUCAAUUGAAGAAGCUUACAAAAAGGUUUGUGAUGUAAACUCUGGUACUGACUGGGUAAUAUAUGGAUAUGAAGGUAAAACUAGCAUACUUAAAGUGGAUGCAAGUGGUAGUGGUGGAUUUGAAGAAAUGGCAGAAGAUUUGAAUAGUGGAAGAAUUCAAUAUGUAUAUAUCAGAGUUCAAGAUCCCAAUAGCGACUUACCUAAGUUUGUUUUCAUAAACUGGCAAGGUGAAGGGGCCCCGGAUGCCUUAAAAGGAUCCUGUGCGAAUCAUGUUAGAGAUAUAUCAGCUGUUUUACGAGGUGCUCACGUUUCAAUUAAUGCGAGAAACGAAGAAGAUAUUGAGGAGGAUGCUAUUCUUGCUAAAGUUGCUAAAAGUUCAGUUUCUUCUUUUCGUCGUAGUGAUGCAAAAUUUGUUGAAGAACCAAGUGGUCCUGUUGGCACUAAUUAUACGAAAAUAAGACCAAAUCAAGAAAUUAGAACUAAUGUAAGAGAUGCAUUUUGGCAUAAUCAGCAGUUAGAAGAAGAGAGGAGAAAAGCAGAAGAGAUCAAAAGAGUCCAGCAGGAAAGAGAAGCUUUAGAAAGAGAGAGAAAAGAAAGAGAAGAACGGGAAACCCACAUCAGAGAAAAGCAAAUAGCUGAAAAAAUGAAAACUUUUACCAACAGGGAAAAACCCAUUUCAGUUGCAGAAGAAAUUAGGAGACUACGAAUUUCCUCCAUUGACCAAGACGAUGAACAAGAAAGAGCUAGCCGAGCUAAAAGAAUGCAACAAGAAAGAACCGAUGAAGCAAGAAGAUUAAUAAGUCAAAGAUCUUUUCAGUCGUCUAACACAGAUGAAAAUACAAAUGCACCAGCCACACAGACUACUUAUAAUCAGCCAAGUGCAGAUACUUCUUCGUAUCAGAGACAGGACUCUUCUCCUAAACCUGAGGAGUGUUGGGAACCUGGGUUAGAAGAAACUGAUCUAGAAAAAGAACCAAUACGACCAUCUGCCCAAGGAUUUGAACCCAUGAGAGCCCCAAUGAGACCUCCGGCUCCAGCAUCUGAGCCAUUAAGGGCACCUAUGAGACCUCCUGUUCAAGAAUCUGAACCAGUACGACGAUCCAUUCCGGAGCCAGAGCCAGAGCCUGAACCAGUAAGACAAUCUAUUCCAGAGCCGCAGCCAGAGAUUCAACCAGAAGAGUUGUAUGAAGACACGUUUACACCAGAAUAUAAAACAACCCCAGCUGAUAAUGAAUAUGAAGCUGCUCAAGUCUCAAAUGAACCUAAACCUGCUUCUCAAGAAGCAAGCCAAGGCCUAAAAGUCAAAGCUCUCUAUGAUUAUCAAGCAACCGAAGAAGGAGAAAUAUCGUUUGAUCCAGGAGAUAUUAUAACAAUGGUAUCACAAGAUUAUGACGGCUGGUGGGUUGGAAAGGCACCAAACGGACAAAGGGGAAUGUUCCCCUCAAACUAUGUAGAAGUUAUAGAUUAACUAUUAGAAUAUUCUCAGCAAAAGGAAAUCUUACUUUUACCAAGUUUUUGUAUUCUAUAACUCAGUUUUUUUUUACAAUUUAGUGUAUAAUCAAUAUCGCAAAUUAUUUGUUUUACAGAUGAAAUGUUUAUUCUUCUUUUCUUCAAAAGUUUCUUUCUAAAACUUGAUCUCUUGUGUCUUUCUCAUAUAAAUAAUGAACGCAAUAACUAAUGUUUACAAAAAAGGAGCC